CCAGUCCAGCAGAACAGGAACACACACUCUCUGGAUCUCGUCGUUCGGGAGGAAGAGUGUGUUUUAUUGAGCUGGAUGGAGACGAGGAGUGUAUUUGAGUCUGAGCCCCUCCAUCUGUCUCGUGUGUGAGCUGUUAAACCGUCUCGUCUACAACACACACACACACACACACACACACUGAACAUGAUCCAUCCGUGUUCACACACACACAGAUAGUGCUGAUAUAGAUCUGACGAUGGAGUCUGCCGUGAAGAAAUCUCUGCUCGCUCCCAUAAAGACACUCAAGUUCUGCGUGACCGGAGAGAAGAAGCCGAGCGGCUCGAAGGGUCAGAGGUCACCGCUCAGGUCCGGCGCAGACACACAUCUGCUGCGACCCUAUCAGGCCGAGCUGGAGAGAGAGAGGAAGCGUCGCGAGGCGAUGAACGCUCAGAAGAACGCAGAGAGAGCUGCGAUGAGGCUCCACUUCAGGAGCAAAUACCAGCUGACCAAGAAUGCCGAGGACCGGGAGCGUGUGCGUGUGGCGGGGGGGAAAGUGUGUCUCCCCCGAGAUCUGGCCAAGAUGGUUCGGCCCGACGCUGACGAUGGAGACGACGGCUUCAGUGUGAUCAGAGCCUUCCAACGUCUGCGCUCCGGCACACACACCCGAGCAGAGCCGUGCAGGGUCAUGUGACUCUCAGAAACACACACACACACACCAGCCCAAGCAGAGUCAUGUGACUGUCAGAAACACACACACACACACACUGUGUACCUUCUAAACGUACACAUCUAUCUUUUAUAAGUAUUUAAGAAUCUUUAAUGAUUUUCUAUAAUGAAGUUUCGAUAGUCCAUAUUACACUAAAGUCAUGUAUUGUUUGUGUAAUUGAUUUAAUAUCUUUUUAAUAAAUUUUUUGUACUUUAUCUCAAUGAAUCUGUUCAACAAAUACUUUUUUUAUAUUUUAUUUUCAUUAUUUUUAAUUGAUUAUUUUAAUCGUAGUGCUUACAGACGCGUUUGAUUUAAAGCGUUAUAGAAGUCAAAAAGUUGACAUUGACGUACUUAGCCAUAAUUUUGACUGUCGUAUGAGAAAAAGUCAUGAUUAUGAGAUUCAAAAAUUAAAUGAGUACUAUGUCA